AGACAAGUGCAGGGAGCCAUUGUCUCUUCUUUGCUAUGGUUCUGAUCAGAAGAAGGCUCAUAAAUGGUUUAUCCAAACAAGCCACUGGGACUACUCUGCGUCUACAGACCUACCUUCGUUCCCCCCAUGAACAUGGCUUCAGAAGCUUGGCCUCUUCGGUUUCUUUCUCUUGCUUUUCUGCUUCCGCGACCGUAUAUACUUUUACGGGCUUCGCCAUCGCAAGUGGAGACGACCAGUGGCUUCGGUUCUCGAGCUUGGUUGAAUCAAGAUUGCUAAAGAUGGUGCAACUCAUUGACUAUUUUAUCAGGACGAAAACAGUGAAAAGUCAUUGUUACAGGAAAAUAUAUCAGUCCUUGGAACAUUCACUUACAGAUGAAGAAGUUCAUGAGUUACAGGUCUCUUUGAGCUUCUCAUAUCACACUCCAAGUAAGCCUGUUUCCCCUAAUGUCUUCUCCAGCAUGCAUGUUGAAGACAAUACAAAUCUAGCUUCUUGUCACAGAUCUGGGAGUGGAUUGGCACAGUGGCCUGAAAAAGCAAGUUGGGUUGGGCUUUUCGACCCUCCAAAAGUAAGUUGGCUUGAACUCUGCUUUCAUAUGGAUUGUAGGAAUUCAACCGCACUUACCUAACCUGUCCUUAAAAGAAAUACUUUACUUACACGGGUUCAUGAAUUUUGUUGGCCUUGUACCAUCACAAUUCAAAUAUGUUCCACAAAUUAGUUAUUUCCAGUAGAAAAUGAAUAAUUAAAUAAAAUCAGGAUAACAAGUUGGUUGUUCUUUUUGAAAAUAAAUUGAAGCUGGGAGUUGAAACUUUAUGAAUUAUUUUUGACAAAGUUAAAUACAAAAAAAGUUACGUUUGUGUGCAUAAUAUAUGUGUACAUAUAUAUUAUGAAAAUCUCGUGAAUCAAUCUGGGGGCAAACUUGAACUUGUGAUUUCAAACCUUCGAUCAGCAAUAUAAUUGAGGCUAACCUUUUGCUCGAAAUUGGAGACAUCUCCAGCCCUUGCAUAUUCUCAAAUAUGUAAUAUAAUUUUUACUUUAGUGGACAUGUGGAAUUAUUUUUGUUAUCCAUGAACAUUAUAGUUUACAUGGAAUUGCAGAAAUAAUUUGCUUCUGUUUCUCUCUUUGGUAUGUGAGAUAUUUGUUCAUAUUUAUUUUCAUUGCACCCAAGUGAUUGGUGCCUAAAAAACCCCAACAACUGGUACCAAAGUCAUUUGGCUAGAUUUAAUUGGUUAAACUGGUCUGGACAAUACAACAUAUCAAGCCUUAAAUCCCUAGUUAGUGGGGUUUGGUAAAUUAAUUCUAGCUUAUCAAUCAUUUUAUCUAUGGUCAUGUCUUCUGUGAGGCCUUGACGACUUGUAUCAUAUUUAAGAGUUCACCAUUUCUUUUUGGUCUUUCUUCGCCUUUUUGCUAAAGAUUUGUUUCAUUCAAUCCACUUUCUUACAAUAGCCUCUAUUGGUCUUUUUCUCACAUCAGCAAAUCAUCUUAAUUGUAUCUCACCCAUCUUUAUCUUCAAUAGAAGCCAUACCAAUCUUAUUUAGAAUAAUCUAAUUUCUAAUUUUAUUUGUACUUGUAUGAUCGCUCAUCUAUCAUAGCACCCUUAUCUCUAUUAUGCUCAUAUUUUGCACAUGUUGGGGUUUUGCUACCUAACAUUCUAUGCCAUACAACAAAGCUUAUCAUAAUUUAUCACAAUUCAUGAUGUUUGGCCUAAUGAGUUUUACACUAGUUGUCAACUACUUAACACAGACUUCCUUAGUCAGCCUUGGAACUGGCUGUAAAUAGAACUUCAGAUGCAGAGUUAGUCUGGACAGUACAUGCACAACAAGACAAAAGAAAACUGUCAAGUUUGUAGGUUAAAUUAGGCAGUAGAAUUGUGUUUUGUAUAUCAGUUGUAGCAGAUUAUUUCUGCAAAGGAUCAGUUACAGGUUGUAUCUGAUUUGUAACUGUUGAUUGGUUAGCUAUAUAUAAAGCUAACCAACCUGUUUGGAGAAUCAAUCAAGAAUUGAAUUCAGUGUCUCAUUUCUUUCUCAAUUUUCUCUCUGUUUUCUCCCUACUUUCUCCCUGUUAUCUCUCCGUUUCUUUCUUCCAUUCUUCUCUCCCAUUUCUAUCCUGAAUACCCUAGGUUCAAGACUAGGUCUAGACAAAAAGAAAAAAGAAAAAAAGAAAUAAAAGGUUGGUGAAGAAAUGUAGACAAAAAUUAAAAAAGAAAGUAGUGUAGUUUGAUGCUGAACACUAAAGCACACAUUACUUUAUCAUCCUUUUUUUAGCCAAAUCAACACUUUUAAAAGAGAAAGAAGAGGUAGAGAAAGAGAGAGAAUGAAUGGAGGGAAAAACUCAGAUCUCUCAACUGUAUUCAGUUAGGUUCAUGUAUAUAUAUACCUGCUAGGUACAAGUAUGCUACAACAUACAAGCUAACUAGUUCUAUUAUGUACAAUACUGAGUUGCUAACUGCAUUCUCAACAGAAGCAUAUCAAGACAGCUAUUUAUCAGAUUUUCAUUUGUUGUGGAUUCAUUGAUGGAUGUUGAUUUCCAAAGUUUACAUGGAUUAAUUGUAUUGGAUAGAUUAGUGGAGAUCAUACUUAAGUGCAAUCAAGUUAGAUUAACAGGAAUUGAAAAACACAAUCAGCAGAUAAUAGUUAUUAUAGAAGAAUCCUCUAAUUAGGAAAUAUUUAUGUUUAUAGUUUAGGAGGAAUUAGAUUGUGCAUGUUUUCUUAUGCUCGAGUUGUUGCGUGCAUUAUAUAUUGCAUCUGAUGUUGUCAAGAUAGGAAAUAAUAGAGAAAGUUGCGUGCAUUAUAUAAUACAUGUGGGGAACAUGUAUUGUUGCUUGCUUGGUCGUAUGAUUUUAACUUUGACCCAAGCAAUGCACAUGCUAAGUCUGGAAAGGAAUUUAAUUUUCUUGGAAAUAUUAGCUUUAAGGUGUAUGUUUUCAUAUCUGACUUAGAAGUAGUUGAGAUUUUUAUGAAUUACCAAGUUGCAUUUGUAGGGGCAGAUAACAGACUUGUAAAGAGUGUUUUCACAAGUGGAAUUAUUGUCAAACAUGGGACAAGUAAUGCAAUUAGGCAUAUGCAAACAAAACUUAUGCUUAGAUGAAGUGAAUGUUAGUCACAACAACACACUUGUAAUGGUCACAAAGGGUAGGCAAAAAUGGCCUACAUGUGUGAUAAUAAGCAAGGGGAAUUGUGCAUAGGAUUUUGGAGAGGAAAUAGAUGCGCGAAUUACUAUAUCCUCUCAACAAACACUCAGAAAAAAAAAAAAAAAAAAAAAAAAAACAAA